AUGGUCAACUCCUGUUGUGGCUCCGUCUGCUCUGACCAGGGCUGUGGCCAAGACCUCUGCCAGGAGACUUGCUGCCACCCCAGCUGCUGCCAGACUACCUGCAGCAGGACCACAUGCUGCCGCCCCAGCUGCUGUGUGUCUAGCUGCUGCCGCCCCAGUUGCUGUGUGUCCAGCUGCUGCCGCCCCAGUUGCUGUGUGUCCAGCUGUUGCCACCCAGUCUGCUGCCAGACCACCUGCCGCCCCAACUGCUGUGUGCCCAGCUGUUGCAAGCCCCAGUGCUGUCAGUCUGUGUGCAGCCAACCCACCUGCUGCCAUCCCAGCUGCUGCCACCCCUCCAGCUGUGGCUCCAGCUGUUGCCGCCCCUCCUGUUGCUUCCGCCCAGUCUGCGGCCAAGUCUCCUGCCACACCACUUGCUAUCGCCCAACCUGUGUCAUCUCCACCUGCCCCCGUCCCACCUGCUGUGCCUCUUCCUGUUGCUGA